AUGCCAGCCACGACGCUCUCGACCGGCGUGUUAAUCGCAAGUGCUCUCUUUUCUGCCAUUGGAGCGGUCCCGACUGCGUCCUCUCCGCAAAAGAGAUGUGGCAUCGUGGGAAGCUUCUACAACCAGCAACCGCACGACUAUGAUGAUAAUGGCACGGGAGAUUGGCUGAACUACUGGUGGGACGGUCAUGCCGACGACAUGUCUGCCAAUUCGGCUGGUUUCGCGGGUGCUUUUGGAGAGUGGGCAAUCGGGAACCCAGACUGGUCCUGCAGAGACGACGGAUCCGAUUCCAACUGUGAUCUUAACCUGUGCGACAACGCAGUCCUCAAUAACCACGGUGAUGAGGCUCGCCAGGCUUACUACGUCCUUGAAUCCGUGAACCGUCUUCAUGGGUACUUUCAGGGCCUGCGCGAGGCCUUCACGACCAGUGGUCUGGAUGCAGCCUUGUCAAAAGAUUCCUGGGCCGAAUCCUUUUACGAAGGAGACGACGACAAGUCUCAGUCGGGUCUUAAAGAGGCCUUGAACGCAGUCGGUAUGAUUGUUGGCGUAGCUGCCGCCUUUGCUGGUCUGGCGGUUCCUGGGGUGGGCGAACUGGGCGGUAUUCUUGGGAAACUCGUGACCGGCUCGAUCAAACAAUUCACUUCGAACAACAAUGACUUGAUGGCGGGAAAGAUUGUUGACGAUCACGACAUUCGAUCUUACAUUGCCGGAGGCGCCAUGGUGGCUCAUCCUGGGGUCGAUAAGAACGCCGUCACGGAUGCAAUCACCACUCAGUUGAUUGGCACAUCCAUCAAUCAGCUGUGGCGCCAGCAAAAGGUGUUCAUCAUGGGCGGCGGCGCAUGCGGCGACAAUGAGGGUAUCGGAUCUGGACCCCAGGACACGAUGGUCUGUCGGGACGGAAAGGCAUGGUAUCUCUACUACUGGAAGGAGAAUGACGUUGUUUCGACAACUUCUCACCAAUGGGGCUGGGUUACAUUCCCACCGGGUGCUGAAAAAAUGGGCCAGGACGAAUUUUCCGGUGUGACUGUGCAGGACGUCAUCAACGCUUCGCUCGAUGCUCAUAACGUCGCCGGUCUGAACUAUGACUCUCAAACGCAACAAGACCGCGCUUACGACGCCAUCGCCAAUGGCUGGGCCAAUCCAGGUGAGCAGGGAGCUUCGUGGGAGGGUAUCUUCAGUAUUCCCGUGUGCGAUGUUGGUUGGGCCAAGGACUCCGAUCUGUACAAGAAGGAGUACAUCUUGCAGCCGUACGGUCACGAGUCUCGUCCUGUCUGGUGCGGCUCUGUGUGUGAGAAUGAUCCCCAGAAGACGAUUGACUUUAUCAACGCUGCGGCCAUGGGUGGUUUUCAGAGUCCUAAGCACUUGUGUCCUGAGCAGCCUUUUUAA